AUGUUGCAGCAAUUGGAUCUGUACAAGAAUCAGAUUGUCCACGUGGAGCGGCGUCGGUCACGUGAGGCUCAGUAUCGAGAUCUUGAACCUCUGCAACUAUCGGCUCAAGUGUGCGCUGCACUGGAGAAGUGCUACAACAUCAAGCAGCUGUACUCGCACCAGUUCGAGGCCAUCGAGGCGAUUCGUCGAGGAGAAAAUGCGGUGCUGUCGACGGCUACUGCUAGUGGCAAAUCGCUCGCCUACAAUGUGCCGAUGCUGAAUAUGCUGCUUGAAGACCCCAACGCGACGUUCAUGUACCUGUUCCCGACGAAAGCGUUGGCACAAGAUCAGCUCAAGUCACUCAGGAGGUUUUUGGAGGCUGCUAAACUUCCGCUUCAUAUCGGGGCGACAUUUGACGGCGACACGCCCAUGAAGAGUCGGUCCAUGGUGAUCCGCGAGACGCGGAUUUUCCUUACUAACCCAGAUAUGCUCCACCUGACGAUUCUUCCGCAGCAUCGGCAGUGGAAAGCUGUGCUAUCGAACCUCAGGAUUUUGGUCGUGGAUGAAGCGCACAUGUAUCGAGGCGUGUUUGGGUCGCACGUCUCCUGUGUCUUCCGACGAUUAUUUCGCCUGUGUGCACUCUAUGGCUCAAACCCGCAGGUUGUCUGCUGCUCAGCGACAAUUCAAAACCCAGAAGCACACUUUCGCCAGCUACUACCAUCACUUCCUCCCCACCCGGGUGAUUCAACUGCAGAUGACACUUCCCAAGUGAGUGCAGAGGAGAAUAUGGGACCACCCAACCUUCAUUUCUUCCGCCAGCGCCCACUGAAGGUGAUUACGGAGGACGGAGCUCCAUCGGUAGAAAAGCUAUUCUGUGUCUGGAAUCCGAAAGUUGCCGAGGUGAAUGCCGCCAAUUCUUCAAAGCCUGGCAAUGAACCUGAAAACGUGGAGGCUACGUUGACUACCAGUUCGAUUUUCCAGGGCGCCCGUAUCCUGGCUCGCUUAGUCGAAGCUGAGAUCGCUACUCUUCUCUUCUGCCGAGGCCGAAAGCUGACCGAACUGGUGCUCAUGAACGUUCAUUCGAUUUUAAAAGCCGACCCCAACACUGCGAAGCUGCUUCGUCGUGUGAGCUCUUAUCGCGGUGGGUAUACUCUCGACGCCAGGCGACGUAUUGAACAACGGCUGUUUAGCGGAGACUUGCUGGGUGUUGUGGCGACGAACGCGUUGGAGCUCGGUAUUGAUAUUGGCGAGCUGGACUGCACCAUCCACCUCGGACUUCCUUCGAGUAUUGCAUCGUUGUGGCAACAGGCAGGUCGAGCUGGUCGCCGCCAGGGCCAAUCCAAGCAGAAGCAGUCCGUCGCCAUUAUCGUGUGCUUCGAUGCGCCCCUGGACCAGCAUUUCGCGCAGAAACAACACGCCACGAAGCUUUUCCAACUCGAACCGGAAGCUGUGAGUCUGAACACAAUGAACCACCGAGUUCUCGGUCAGCACUUAUUGUGCGCUGCCCGUGAGUCUGCACUUUAUUCUCCGCAGUCAGGGACAGCCUACAUCGAUUCGUACCGUAAGUUGAUGGAGUGCUCGGAGGCGGGAGGACACACAAACUACCGGAUUCAUUCGUGCAUGCCGAAGAAGUUCCGCGCUGUUAGCUUACGCAGCAUCUGCGACGAAAAUUACACCGUGGUGGUUCCGAGCAACAACGUUACCACUGACGGAGCCGAUGGAGAAGUGCUGGAUGAAAUUCCUGGGGACAGAGCCUUCUUUCAAGUGUACCCUACUGCGGUGUAUCUGCAUCAGGCCCAGGAGUAUCUGAUCACACGCUUGAAUAAUGUUCAGCGAAUUGCGUUCGCGAAGAAGUGUCUUCAGCCGCUCACGUACUUUACAACAUGCCGCGAUCUUACUGAUAUCGAAGUUACGGCGAAAAGCGAUGCUGCCCUGAUCUGUGUGGGCACUGUCUCCAUCCUGACAAGGGUCUUCGGGUCGACGAUGCUGGAAAAGCGUACCAUGCGGGCAUUAGGAACGAACGAGUUCUCCUUACCACCGAUGCAGUCUUUCGGAGAAGCUGUAUGGCUUGAAUUCCCUGCUGUGCUUCGGAAGCAAGUGGAAGCUACGGGUGGAGCGUCGUGGACUGCAGCGCUCCAUGGAGUUGGGCAUCUCUUUGUGUCUUUGGUUCGUCUGUUCGUUCUGUGCGACGCCGACGACGUGGGCACCGAGCACGUGAAUGAGUUCGAGCAGCGCGUAAAACCAAAUCGGGUUACGAUUUUCGAGCGAAGAGAAGGAGGCAGUGGACUUGUGCCGGAGAUCGUCAAGAUGCUUCCGAAGCUGAUCGAAAAGGCCUGGACGAUUGCAAGCGAGUGUUUGUGCUCCGAUGGCUGUCCGGCGUGUAUUCAAUCCGCUGGGUGCUCCGAGUUUAACCAUGUUUUGGACAAGCACGGAAGUCUCCAGGUACUCGAUUUCUUGCACAGUAUUGUCGGUGGAGCCUCUGUGCAUUAA